GAACAAACUGAUCGGCGAUCGCUGCGUCUCCCUCCAUCCCGAUAUCCCCGAUACACCCGUAGCGCCACUCCGACGGUCCUCCACGGCUCCACCGAAAGGCACAUGGCGAGACGCGUGAAGCGACGAGGAGAAAUUACAGCAGGGCCGCCUGCGGUUGCCGCGAAUGGCUAGGUUAGCGGUGAGCCGGGACCCGUAGGGAGGAUCAUCACGCGCACACGUCUUGCCAGAUCGGUGCAAUACGGGCCGCCGCCCAACUUUUUCCCAAAUCGGCGCGCGAUCACCUUCGCCGCAAGUCCUCAAGAAUCGAGAAUCGAGAUGCGAAAAGACUCGGGGUCUGGCCUCCAUCGAGGCAUCGACCACUCCAAUCCUUCGCUGCCACGCUUUGUUGCCACUGGCCCUUGUCCUACCCGCGCUCACCGCGGCAGCUGCGGUUUUCCGUCGCGGCGUCGCCCAUGGCGUGCUCGAAGCCCACGGGCGUUUCCGCCCUGAACCUCCUCCUCGUCGUCCUCGUGAUGGCCGCCGCAGGACCAGGGGGCGCCCUGAAGCUGGAGCCGACCGGCACGAGCGGGCACUUCCCGCCUCUGCUCGACUGCGCCCCGGCCCCGGCGACGGCGCCCUCCAAGAACGCCAGCGCGUUCCGCGCCAACGUGCUCUCGCUCCUCGGCGCGCUCCCCGCCGCCGCCGCGGCCGCGCCCACGGGCUCCGCCUCCACGCGGUCCGCCGGGCGCGCCGGGCGCGAUCGUGCCUUCGCCCGCGGGGCCUGCUUCGGGUUCGGCGCGCCCCACGGCCCCUCCUCCCCCGCCGACUGCCGCUCGUGCCUGUCCGCCGCCGCCGACGACGUCGCCGCCGGGUGCGCCGGCGCCAGCCGCCGCGCGGGCACCUGGCGCGCCGGCUGCUUCGUGUCGUACGCGGACACCGGCCGGCCCACGGCCAGCGAGGACGCGUUCCGCGGCUGGUUCUACGACGACGACCCGCCGACCGCGGCGCUGGGAAACCAGUGCACGGCCAACCGCACCGCGGCGGAGUGCGCGCGGUGCCUGAACGAGUCGGCGCAGGUGGUGCCGGCGCUCAAGGAGGGGGGCCGGCUCUCCAUGGUCCACGGCGACGCGGUGGUGGUCGUCGGCUACGCUUGCUACCUGCGCGUCCCGCUGUUCAGCCCAAUGCCGCGGUGGCAGCAAAAACUUUUCGGACCCGUCGGCGUCUUUGACGUGGUUGCGACAGUGAUCUUCGAAGUAGCCGGGGUGCUGUUCUGCAUCAAGAUCGCCCGUGAGUUUAAUCCAGCAUGAGGAGGCCCCUGUUCGGUGUCCAUCUAUCUUAGCACAACGGCUGAUCCCUGAUCCUAGUGCAGUGCAGGAAGGAAUAUGGCUAGUGCCUGAACCUGGUCGGCAGUGGAAAACCCCUUUUAACUGACAGCUCUAUCUGUCAAUGUUUCUAUCCCUUUUAACUGACAGCUCUAUUUGUCAAUGUUUCUAUCUUCUUCAGUGAACAGUUGCUGGCUUUCCCCUCUAAAAACAGUUUGCUGGUUUUCCCCUCUACAAACAGUUUGC